UGGAAUAGAUAAAACCGUAAAUGAUAAUAAUUAACCCGGACAUGCUUAUAAAUGUGUUUCGUCUCACAGUCAAUCACUUAUAUAUUAAGCCCACAAAUCCAAAUACCUUUAAACUGGAGAAUGGCAAAAAUAUCAGUUAUCAUACUUGUGUGCUUGCUUGUUGGUCUAUCUGACUAUCAGGCUGAAGGCAUCAAGAGUGAGACACUCACUGAGCAGACAGAAGAAGGCCUGGCAGAGAAAAAUGAUACCCAGAAUUUCAAGCAAAGGCAAGAAACAUUAGUUAUUUCAACAACAGACACCCCAACGACCCAGGCAGGCUGUGAGCCACCAAUCUAUAUGUUGUGGAAGGAGCUGGCGACUAUGAGAGAGCGGCUGGAUGCCACUGUGAGAGCCUUGGAGGAAACAAACAGAAAGCUUGAGGCCAGUGAGAGGCAGCUGGCUGCAUUUACUGGCAAUGUGACUGAACUGAGGACAAUGGUUCGAGGACAGCCUCGGGUGGCAUUUUCUGCUACCAACCCAAUUGCUGAUGGUACCAUUGGUCCUGCAAGUAAUCUUUACUCUUUGAUGUACCACAAUGUUGUGUCAAACAUUGGGAACUCCUACAGCGCAAUCACAGGUUAUUUCACUGCACCAGUGCAAGGAGUCUAUUAUUUCAGCUUCACUUCUCUCUGGUGGCAUGGAACUUCUGGUGGCAGUUUGUAUCGAAAUGGAUAUAAAGUGGUGUCAUGGUAUGGUAAAACUGGAUCACACUCUAACUCUGAAUCUAACAGCGCUGUACUGCAGCUACAAGCUGGGGACAAGGUCAAUGUUCGUCUUUGGAAGGGUGCGAACAUUGCUGAUAAUGUAAAUAAAUAUUCAACAUUCAGUGGAUUUUUGCUUUUUCCCAUGUGGAGCCCGCAAAAAUAUUAUGAUUUCAAAUAGAUCAAACUUUUAAUAAUGAUUGAAAGAUUAUAAAAUGUGAUGUGACCAUCUGCAACUGUAAACACUUUAUGUUCUGUCUUAGUUCAAAAUGGGAAUGCAGCUCUUUUUUUACAGAUUUAUACUGGAGCACAUUUGAAGCAAUAAUAAGACUUAUAUGUUUGUAUAAUUUAAUUGAUUUAACAGUUACCUUUUAAAAACUUUAAAAAUUUGAAUAUGUAUUGUUGUUUCUUUUAUGAAUGGUAGAUAUGUCAUUGAAAUAAGUGUCUAUUCUGCACUUCUCAUAACCAAAUGAAUGAAGUUUAGACUUUGCCCAUUUUGAAUAAUCCAGCAUAGUUUGAUUAUGCACCAUGAGUGCUGAUAUUUCAUUUAUUAGUCAUAUGAUUGAAACCAUUUUCUGAUACCCCUAAAUCAUCAUGUACCACAUAAAUCAUAAUCUCAUUUGCGUUGUUAAGAAA